AUGCCUGCAACGGAACGCUCGCCGUUGCUGGCGCAUCGCGACAAUGAUGCAGACAACAACGACAUAAACGAAAACUCACCGCUUCUCUCCAACGGCACUGCGCAGGACGCUGCCGAUCACGACGCUCAUGAUGAACCUACUCCCUCCAUAACAUCGACCAAAUCAUCGCGCAAAUCGCGCUGGCCAUCUAUAAUUGCCAUGUUCACGCUGGCCGUCCUCGUUGGCGUUGUCAUCGUCCUUGGCUUCCUGGUGCCGCCCGCUGUAAAGACAUACGCGGAAAACGCCGCUGUUAUUGAGCCGACCGGGCUGUCGCUGGAAUCCAUAACACAAGACGGCAUCCGUGCCCGAAUCCAGGCCAACUUUCGCCUGGAUGGCUCCCGAGUUGCCGAUGAAAACGCGCAGCGAAUCGGGCGCAUAGCAACAAGCAUCAUGCGCAAGAUAGAAACAUUGGAGACCAAGCUCGCCAUUUACGUUCCGCAUUACGGCAACGCCAUGCUCGGCAGCGCCAUGCUUCCCCCCAUCUCUCUCGACCUCGUCGAUGGUCAUAAUACGGUUAUUGACUUUGUUGCUGAUCUGAACCCGGGCGAUGCCGAAGCCCUGCGAUCUAUUGUCAACGACUGGCUCGAUGGCAAGCUCGACUAUAUCAAAGUGACGGGCAAGACGGCCCUGAGUCUCAAGACGGGCUUCCUACCCCUAGGAACCCAUGACGUGGUGGAAUCUAUGGUAUUUGAAGCCUCUCAAGUGCCAGCCCUUCCCGAGUACAAAAUACAGCGCCUCGACUUCCAUGAUGUUCCUAUCGGCGAUGGUGGCAAAGAGGGCGUGGGAGCCAACAUUACCGUCACCGUGCCUAACGAUUACCCUGUCAGCCUGACCGUUCCCUCACUAGGCUUUGAUAUCUUGGUGUCCAACUGCGACAAGAGCCAGCCAUUGAUCAAAGUGGCCACGGCGGUCUCCGAUGUGAUUCAUGUAGAAGCCAAUUCCAACAUUACAGCAGACGCAACUGGCCUGGUUCGCAAGAUUCCCGACAGUCUCAUCCGCGUCUGCCCCGAGACAGACAUGUCCCCGCUUGAUCUCUUCAUGAAGAGAUAUUUACGCGGUGAGACAGCGCGCGUGUUUGUACAAAGCAACAUCGAGGCGUCUGACCUCCCAGCUUGGGUUGGUGACUUUGUCAAGAACAUCACAGUACCCAUCGCAUUCCCUGGUCGAAGUGUGGACGGCCUGAUUCGCAACAUGACUUUGAAGGAUGUCGACUUUAAGCUUCCCAGCCCAUUUGCCGGCCCUGAUGAUCCCGACAGCAAUCCCCGUGUUUCUGGAACUGUCGAAGUGCUUGCUGCGUUGCCAGAAGGGUUUGACCUGGAUGUUGAUGUCCAGCGCCUCCGUGCGACUGCUGAUCUCUUUUACAAGAGCAAGAAGUUUGGCAUGCUCGACCUUGGCAAGUGGCAAGAUGCCAAAUCCGAAAAGGUUGUCAGCGACAUCGACAUACUUAAGAUUACUGCUUCCGUGGUCGACAUUCCCGUGGAAAUCACCGACAGCGAUGUGUUUUCCGAUGUAUUGCAAAAGAUGCUCUUUGGCGGUCAAGAGGUUACUCUCGAUGUCUCUGCCUUAGUUGACGCCCAGAUCGACACUGCUGUAGGCAACUUGAUUGUUCGAGAAGUACCCGCCAAAGGAAAUGUGCCGCUCAAACGUCCGUCGUCUCGCUGGUAA